AUCAUUGAAAUUGGCCUGUCACACAGUGCAAGAAGAGCUGCAUAACUGCAGAAAGAAAGUAAGUGAAUUGGCGAAUCAGAUUUUACGGUGACUGUACUGCGAUCAGUUGAGCGAGUGAGACAUGAGAAGAAUGACAACAAUCACGUAUAACACAUAAUAAAUGAUCAAUAAUGUAGUAAAUUUACGACACGAUAAUAAUAAGAUCUCAUCCCUGCAAAAAAAGGUUGUUUUCGUUCCACUUCCGGAGAAUCGUCACACCAACUUCCUAAACUAGCAGAGAAAAGAAAGUGAAUGGUGAAUAAAACAAUAUUAUUAUGUAUUACGAAUAGUAAAUUCUACGAUUUUACUAUUCGUUUGAGAGAUUCAUAAAAAUAACCGAAAAGUAAUAACCUAUUAUUGCAAUUACAUAUUUAGUCAAGAAAAGAAAGACAGAUUCGCAGAUAUUAUAGUGCUAAAUGAGUCACUUUCGUUGUAGUAGUGAAAGUUUGUGCGUAAAGUGAAGUGUUCGUCCAUCAAGCAAUGUCCCGUCAUGAAGGAGUGAGUUGUGAUGCAUGUUUGAAAAAUAACUUCAAAGGAAGACGGUAUAAAUGUUUACGAUGUUACGAUUACGACCUGUGUGCUAGUUGCUUUGAAUCAUCUGCAUCCACAUCGCGACACUCACCAGAUCAUCCUGUGCAGUGUAUUUUAAGUCGCAGUGACUUUGAUCUAUAUUAUAGUGGUGAGUCAGCAGUAGACGUCAUGGCCCACUCGUUAACUUGUCCGAUUUGUGGUCGACUGGGGUUGACAGAAACAGAACUCCAAAGUCAUGUUACUGCAGAGCAUCAAAGUUGCACUACUGAAGUGGCCAAGGUAUGUCCAAUUUGCGCGUCAAUGCCUGGAGGCGAACCAAAUCUAGUAACAGACGACUUUACAUCGCACCUGACAAUAGAACAUCGACAACAGCCACGCGACAAUUAUGUUGAAGAUGCUCCAUCCGCUCGUCAUAGUAUUCGAAGGGUGCAACAACCGUCUAGAACAUUAGGAGUCGGAAGGGGUCGCCGGCCAAAUAUGCACUUUAGUUCUGGUGGAUUGUCCCCAUCAGGUCCAUCAGGAGCCCGUGAAACUGUUGACCCCAUUGCCGAGCUUCUAUCUCAAUUAUCAGGUGUCCGUCGAGCUGCGGCAGUACCUUAUGAUCGCCUUCUGCAUCAACAUCGCCAUGCCGCGAGCAGCAGUCAGCAAGCGAACGGUGCUCAAGGAGGUACGACGUCAGGGGCUCGUCGCAGUGUCUUUCCCCCACCUCCUGGUGGCCAGGCUAUCAUUCUCAGUGAAGCCGGGGCCACAUUACAACCAAAUAAUCCUGUCGAAUCUUCGAGUAACCAAAAAGUCGAGAAGCAUCAAUUUCUUCUGGAUAAAUGUUUAGAUUCACAAAGAAGAAAAGAUUUGAAUCCCGACCAGAGUCUGUUUUUGCAAGAUUUGCUGUUGGCAACAAUGACUUUUAAAGAUAACGAUAACUCAAAUAAUAAAGAUUAAAUUAGUCGAUUAAUUAUCAAAAUUUCUGUUAUAAUUGAUUAUAACCUCGAAAUAAAUUUCACAAUAUUAUUGUAAAGUAUAAAUUGAAAA